CCUGCCGAAGCGACGACACAGCUAUGUGACCAGUGAGCGGCCAACGCUGGAUUUGAGGGGCGCUUCAGACGUCAACCUUCCAACAUGGCGACCUUCCGGAUACAACACGGAGCCUGGAGGGACACUAGUUUUUAACGAUAAAAUAGUGCUGUCUUAUUUUACACAAUGUCUUGGACUUAGCGGAAAUCACCUGCGCCUUUACGUUUUUUAAAUAAUGCUCGCAGAGGCUGCCGGUGUGUCGGAUGGUAUGGGCGGACGGAGGAUCUCGGGGUCUCGGCGGAAUCAGGCCGGUCUGUCCGUAUGGGGAUGGGGAGGUCUGGGAGUUGUUCUCUUCCUCAUCACUUUUGGACCCUUUGCAAUAUUUUACCUGACAUUUUAUAUCUUUUGUUUUGUGGGCGGGGGCUUUGCAGUUACCCUUUUGUUUGGAAAGACAAGCUCAGAGAAACAUCUGGAGAAGUGUGAGCACUCUUACCUUCCUGCCACACCAACGGGCAUCCUCAAGACUCUUGAAGAAAUGAAGCUUGAAGUCAAACCUAUCAAGAUUGACCGACGUGUGACAGGUUCUAAUUUCAUUGACGAGCCACUACAGCAGGUUAUUCAGUUUGCUCUGAGGGACUACAUCCAAUACUGGUAUUAUACCCUCAGUGAUGAUGAGUCUUUCCUGCUUGAGAUCAGGCAAACUGUACAGUAUGCCCUUGUUCAGUUUUCUACAAGGUCCAAGGAAGUCGACUGGCAGCCAUACUUCACCACCAGGCUGGUGGACGACUUUGCCACACAUCUACGGGUCUUCCGGAAAGCACAGGAAAGGCUCGGCGAGAAAGAGGAUCCGAAGCAACGAGAUGCCCCAGAGGAGCUGCUGGAGUCCUUCUUCGAGGCAGAGGUGGAGAUGGAGAGGAAGAUUUGCCGGGAUGUAGUGUGCACUGCUCCCAAAGAAGAAGAGGGCUUCCUGAGGGACCUGUGCGAGGUGCUGCUGUACCUGUUACUACCUCCAGGAGACUUCCACAACAAGAAUAUGAGAUACUUCCUCAGGGAAAUUCUAGCAAGGGGUGUUCUUCUGCCAUUGAUCAAUCAACUGAGUGACCCAGAUUAUAUUAAUCAGUUUGUUAUAUGGAUGAUUCGGGACUCAAGCGCCAACUAUGAGGCCUUCAUGACCAUCCUAAAGCUGACAGACCGACCAGCUGAGUUAGAAGCGGUGAAGGACAAAGUCAUGGAGGAGCUACAGUACCUUCGCUCUCUGGACACAGCUGGGGAUGAUAUUAAUGUGAUAAAGAAUCAGAUAAAUAGUUUACUCUUUGUGAAAAAAGUCUGUGAAACAAGAAUUCAAAGGCUGCAAUCUGGAAAGGAGGUGGAUGCCCUGAAGCUUGCAGCGAACUUCGGAAAGCUCUGCAUCAUCCCAUUAGAGCACAUUUUGGUGCACAACAUUGCACUGCAGUUCUUCAUGGACUACAUGCAACAGAUGGGUGGCCAGGCAGACCUGUUCUUCUGGCUGACAGUGGAGGGUUACCGAGUGACUGCGCAGCAGCAGCUGGAGGUGCUACAGGGCUGGCAGAAGGAUGGCAAGAAGCAGAGUACCCAGACUAAGGGGCUGCUGAAGGCUGCAGCUCUUGGGGUCUAUGACCAGUACCUCUCUGAAAAGGCCUCUCCCAGAGUUCAGAUAGACCAAGCUCUGGUGGAGAAGCUGUCUGAGAAGCUCAGCAAAGAGGAUCCUACGCCAGAGAUAUUUGAUGACAUUCAGAGAAAGGUGUACGACAUGAUGCUGCGAGACGAGAGGUUUUAUCCAUCCUUCCGGCAGCACCCCCUAUAUGUGCGCAUGCUGGCAGAAUUGGAUAUGCUGAAGGAGCCCAGCUUCCGAGGGUCUGAUGAUGGCGAGGGGGAGUCAUUUAAUGGUUCUCCAACAGGGAGCAUAAAUUUGUCAUUGGAUGACCUCUCCAACACAAGCUCUGAAGAGUCCAUGCAACUGCAUGCUUUUAUCUCAGACACAGUGCCUGAUGCAUUUUUCAACCAACUUCCCGUGGCAGGCGUGUGUAAUGAUCAUGGGAAGACCUACGCGCUAUAUGCCAUCACCGUGUUCCGGAAGAAUCCAGAUGGCAGUGAGGACUGCUGGAAGACCUAUCGUCGCUAUAGUGACUUUCAUGACUUUCACAUGCGCAUUACUGAGCAGUUUGGAAACCUGAGCACCAUUCUGAAACUUCCAGGGAAAAAGACAUUCAACAACAUGGACAGGGACUUCCUGGAGAAGAGAAAAAAAGACCUGAAUGCUUACCUCCAGCUGCUGCUGAACCCAGAGAUGGUAAAGGCAUGCCCCACACUAACAAAUUACAUCAAUGACUUCCUGGAGAACAAGGCCUACAGCAAGGGCAAGGGCGAUUUUGCCCGAAAGAUGGACACAUUUGUGAACCCCCUUCGUAGCUCCAUGCGCAAUGUGUCCAACGCUGUGAAGUCUCUGCCCGACAGCUUGGCCGAGGGCAUGACAAAAAUGUCCGAUAACAUGGGCAGGAUGUCUGAGAGACUUGGUCAGGACAUCAAGCAGUCUAUAUUUAAGGUGCCACCUUUAAUUGCCAAGUCAGACAUUGAUCCUGAGCACUGCCGUAUCUCGGCCCAGCUCGACGAUAACGUGGAUGACAACAUUCCCUUGCGUGUUAUGCUGCUGCUGAUGGACGAGGUGUUUGAUUUAAAGGAGAGAAAUCAGUGGCUCAGGAGGAACAUUAAAAACUUGCUGCAACAGCUCAUCCGUGCCACCUAUGGGGACACUAUUAACAGGAAAAUUGUAGAUCAUGUGGACUUCAUGACCGCUCCAGAGCAGGUGGCUGACUAUGUGAAACGGUUUAGAGAUUCUUUCUGGCCCAACGGAAUCCUGGCUGAGACUCCCCCCCGCCGCGACAAGAACAUCCGCAUGAGGACCAGGGUGGCUGCCAAGACCAGUCUACUGGGGAUCAUGCCAGACGAGCUGAAGCACAUCAUCGGAGCAGACACAACACGCAAGGGCAUACUGCGGGUCUUUGACAUGUUCCAGCAUCAGCAGCUGAACCGCCGGUUGGUCUACGUCUUUCUCGAAGGCUUCCUGGAGACCAUGUUCCCACAGUACAAGUUCCCCGAGCUCUUUGUCAAGCUGUACUCGCGCUCUGAGCGCAUGCACAGAUACUCGCAGAAACUGAGGAGCACGCAGAAAAGGUGACACCUCCUGGGUGCUCGGACGCCUUCUUGAGGACAGGUCGACGCAGAGGCAGCAUGGGAGGGGAGCAGGGCAUCCACAAAUCAGCUGAGUAGGCUACGCUCAGUCUGGUCCAGACACCUGCUCCCCCUCCCCUCAACCGACCUGACCUCUUCACUCUAUACAAGCACUGUACCAAUGCAGUCGUAGCAUAGAGAUUUUGUUUUAAUGUUGUGAAGCAUUCAAACACUAUACCAGAGCUGUACCACUAAGAAACGUUGCGGUGCUUUAUGGUUACCGAUGGCAUCCAAUGCUAACGAUUUUCCUUAAUUUUAUUGUAGUUUUAAAAAUUAAUGAACUUGAGUGUGGGGAAUUUGGUUCCCUGUAUAAUGACUUUUUUUUUUUUAGAUGCCCAUGAUAAAACACUGCGCAGUGUACGCAGCAGUAUGCAAAAGAACAACACGGUUUCUAAGUCCUUUUAGGAGGAAGGUGGAUGAGGUAGAGCUUGUCCUGUUGCAUAUGAUGUAAGGAUGGCUGAAAAAACUUAAUAUAAAGAUUACCCUUGUUCUGAAUGCCUCCUAACUUAUGCUUUAGCAAAUCAGAAUACAGGAUAUGUGAAAAGAACUGAAAUGAAGACUUGAAAAUUAGACAUUUCUUCCGUCUUCUGUGGGCGUUGUGAUGUGAGUGGAGGAAGGCAUCGCUUCUGAAACUCACCAGCCCAUGGUUUGGAGUAGUGGUGAGAGUAUCCUAGUGACCCCUUCUCCCCACUCCACUUCUGUGUAUUUCAUGUUUUAGUCAUUUAGCGUGAAGAACAAGCAGCACAGCCAUGCUGUAGGACAAGACAGGAAAAAAAAAAAACCUGAAAAAACACCAAAUUCCUGAAGGUGACUGUGAAAAUAUUUGAAUGUGUAUCCAUGUUAGAGGUUGGGUGCAUUUGCAUUUCCGUUUGUUACGAGCAUACCGAAGUAUGCUUUGAGGAAUGUACCUCUUUCUGAUUCUGUUUAAAACCCAGUCAGAUGCUGUCAUAUAUGAAGCUUGGAUAUGUUUCUUUUCCCAUUUUCUUAAAAGAUGUGUAGCACUAAAAUAAAACCCUCUGGAAGUCAGAAAACUGUGCCACUGUAUUAUAGAGAAUCAGCCUUAAUGUUUAAAGAGAAAAGACCAAGAGGCGUGUGCUAGUGGUAGCUUCCCUGGCAGAUGACCGCACUUACAGGACACAAGAAGGUAUUGGAAAAAAUAUCUAGAUCUAAUCACACUUUCCUUCAUAGAAUAUGUAAUUUUGUGCAAUAUUUUUCUUUACUGCAUGUGUAUUUGAAUAAUUGUAUAUUGAAAACGCUAAUGUUCUGAAAUGUCAAAAAAAAAAAAAGGAUGUCUUCUGAAACCCAACAACUCACUUUCUGUUGUUGUAUUAUCCUUAUUUAAAGACUUGUUUUAUAAGUCUGUUUUUUGGGGUCACUCCUCAUUAGUCUCACGUUUGUUGACAUUGCUCACUUGAUUAUGACAUUCAUCCAUAGAGUAGAA